AUGAAGUCCCCAUCCAUCAUCGUAUCCAUCCUAUCAAUCGUGUGUAGCUGCGUGCUGGGUCAAACCACAAACUAUUGCGAUCCAGCACUGUGUCCGUCGAGUGGACCUCACAUCGCUUGCAAUGGUUUGAGCAGCCCAGGUCCAGCAUGUGGUUCGGGAGCGUUCGAGAUCAAAUUGGAUAGCCAGAGACAGACUCUGAUUACCAAUCUGCAUAAUCGACUGCGCAGCCGAAUUGCCAUGGGACAUCAAAACUACUCGAUGAAUGAGUUCUAUCCACCGGCGGCAAGGAUGGCCACUUUGGUAUGGGAUCGUGAGCUGGCUUAUAUCGCGGCAGCAAAUGCAAGACGUUGUUUAUAUGAGCAUGACCGAUGCCGCAAUACAAGGAUAAUGAGGAACGUUGGACAAAACAUUGGAAUCAAGAUGCAUCGCAGAGAAGACGACGUCUCCGAUGAGAUAUUGAUUCAAGAGUUCAUCCAUUCCUGGUUCGCUGAAUAUGUCAAUUCCAAUCCGUCGCAUAUUGCUAGUUAUCCGACCAGUUGGACUGGUCGGACUAUUCGACACUUCACCCAGAUGGUUUCGGAUCGUUCCAGCAGAAUUGGAUGCGCCAUGACGAGCUACGGCAAAUCGCCCUGGAGCAACAAGCUGUUGGUGUGCAACUACGGUCUAACGAAUAUCAUCAAGCAGCCUGUCUAUCUUGAAGGACCAACCGGAUCGCUGUGUCUACUGGGGUAUAAUCCGGAUUUUCCCGCACUAUGUCGUACUUUGAAAGUUGUUAUAAAUUAUCCAUGA